AAUUAUAUGGAUCAAUUCUACUCCUAGAUUGAAGAACUUAGUAAAAUCGGAUUUCACCCUUAAAAACUUAAAGAGCUUUACCAAUCACAUUAAAUUUCUGAUUUAUUAAAACUUCUAAAUCAUACCUAAUAAAAUAAGGAUUAAUUAAAUAAAACUAUUGCUUAUUUCGAUGCUCUCUUUUCAGACCCUGAUAUCUACAAACAACUUUUAUUAGGAUAAAACUCAUUUGAAUUUGUUCAAACUUUAUUAACACAUUAAAACAAAAAAGUAAGAUCAUUACUUUCUGAAUGUAUUGAAAAUAAUGACUUUGAAUUUGGACAAUUGAUUUCUAAAUUAGUUUAAGAAAAGUCUCCAUUAUUAAAUUUAGUAUUAUAAGUUAUUUUUUUUUAACUUUCUGAUCCAGAAUCAGAAGUUGGCUUAAAAGCCUUGAGAGUUACUAAAAAAUUAUUCAGAUUUAUUGAUGAAUCUUUAAAAACUCUAUUAAGCAGUGAACUUUUUGUUACUUACAUCACUUAAGGAUUGAAUAAUAAAAAUGAAGUAAUAUAAUUGAGAUUUGUAGAAAUAUUAAUUUAUUUAACUAAUUUAGAUUAAUCUAUCUAAUUACCUUACAUAAACCUUUUUAAAUUAGUGUUUAAACUUUACAAUACUGAUGAUAUUUUAGUUAAAUUAAAUAUGAUAGAAUUGAUUGCUGGUAUGGGAAAUUCUAAAUGGAACUCAGAAUUAAUGGUUAAUUAAUCCUUUUUUAAAAAUAUUCUUAAUUCUGCAUUUACAAAUAAUGAUGACUUUUAUACAUAAAAAUAUGAAGUUUUAUUAGUAGCCAGAAUGUUAAGUUAAAGAGUUAUUAAAUUUACUCCGAUAAUUGAAAAAAAUUUAAUAAAAUUAUUAUCAAUAUGGUUAUCAACCAAUUCAAGUGAAUAAAUUGAAGGGGCUUUAGAAAUUAUUUCAAGUUUUGUACUUUUUACUGAAGGAUUUAAAACUAUUAUUAAGAAUACUGACUUUUUAGUGUUAUUUUGUAAUUGUUUUUAUUUAUUUUAUAGUCUAAUAUUUGUAUUCAACAAAAGAUGUGAUUAAACUAAAAGCAUUAAAUUGUUAUGUUAGUUUUUUUGUAAUAGAUUAAACAACACCUAAACCACCUGGAAAGAUUCUUUGGGUAUAUUCAUUAUUUGGAAAUAUUUCUAAAACAUUGAGUUAAUUCCACUCAAAUGAUUAGGUUAGUGAAGCUACAGUAUAUCUCAUUAAAUAAUUAAACACCCCUUUUGGUGAAAUAGAAAAAACCAUGCUGGAAUUAACAAUGAGUAAUAUUUCAUCACUAUUUUUUAGAUCUAUUAGAAUGGGAUGAAAUAUUUACAAAUCUUAUUGCAAAUUAAUAAUUAUUGGUAUACUUUUCCAAAAUAUCCUAAAAUAAGGAGAUAUUAGAUACUAAAAAUAGGGUUAAAUCUUAGAUCAUUAAUUUUUGCCUAAACAAAUAUAAGGCACCAGAGUUCUAAGAAUAUGCAAAUACAUUAUAAAAUUUAAAAUUAUAAAAAGAUAUGCAGUAUGCAUCAAAUGCUUAAUGA